GCGUUCCACCUUAUUUCCGGUCACUGCAUUCCAUUCCACAGUCAGGAAGCCUCAAUGUCCGUGGAGAUCAGGAGGGGAAGUAUAUAGAAGAACAGAGGGGUCUGUACAAGGACGUGAUGAUGGAGAAUCACCGGCCCCACACAUCACUGGAUGGGUCCAGUAACAGAGAUACCCCAGAGAGAUGUCCCCGUCCUCUGUAUUCCCAGGACUGUACAGAGGAGAAUCACAGGAUCCCACAGGAGGAUCAGGAUGAAUGUCUCGCUGACAUUAAGACAGAAGAUAUAGAGGAAGAAGAAGAGACGUAUGUGACUGAUAUAAAGGCAGAAGAUAUAGAGGGAGAAGAAGAGACGUAUGUGACUGAUAUAAAGGCAGAAGAUACAGAGGGAGAAGAAGAGACGUAUGUGACUGAUAUGAAGGCAGAAGAUAUAGAGGUAGAAGAAGAGACGUAUGUGACUGAUAUAAAGGCAGAAGAUAUAGAGGGAGAAGAAGAGACGUAUGUGACUGAUAUAAAGGCAGAAGAUAUAGGGGGAGAAGAAGAGAUGUAUGUAACUGAUAUAAAGGCAGAAGAUAUAGAGGGAGAAGAAGAGAUGUAUGUGACUGAUAUAAAGGCAGAAGAUAUAGAGGGAGAAGAAGAGACGUAUGUGAGGGGUGAUCAGCAGUGUAAGGAGGAGGAGAUUCCUACAGAUAUCAGCACAGAUGGACACACAAGCAGGAAUAUCUCAGAAGGACAUCUAAUGUUAUCCCCGGAUUGUGACAUAAAAGAUAAUGACAGUAGACAGGAUUCUCAAGGAACUAACCCCAUUGCUCCAAUUAUACAUCCAGCUCUAUCAGCUGGUCCCUCUGAUCCUGGGGAAUGUUCUCCUGAUCACUCUGGUAUUGGUGCAUCUUUUACAGAUCUGACAGUAGAUACAGAGUUUCCCUGUUCUAUAGAUGCCAAAUGUUUUACACAUAACACAAAGCUUAUUACCCAUCAGCCAGCUAAGGCAGGUGAGAGGCCAUUUCCAUGUUCUGAGUGUGGGAAAUGUUUUACACUGAAAUCAAAUCUUGUUAAACAUCAGAGAUGUCACACAGGUGAGAAACCAUUUCCAUGUUCUGAGUGUGCAAAAUGUUUUGCACAUAAAUCAGAACUUGUUAGACAUCGGAGAAGUCACUCAGGUGAGAAACCAUUUGCAUGUUCUGAGUGUGCGAAAUGUUAUGCACAUAAAUCAGAUCUUGUUAUACAUCGGAGAAGUCACACAGGUGAGAAACCAUUUCCAUGUUCUGAAUGUGGGAAAUGUUUUGCACAUACAUCACAUCUUGUUGUACAUCUGAGAAGUCACACAGGUGAGAAACCAUUUUCAUGUUCUGAGUGUGGGAAAUGUUUUGGAAGUAAACCAGAGCUUGUUAUACAUCAGAGAAGUCACACAGGAGAGAAACCAUUUUCAUGUUCUGAGUGUGGGAAAUGUUUUUCACAACUAUCAAAUCUGGUUAGACAUCAGAGAACUCACAGGUGAAACAGCAUUUCCAUGUUCUGAGUGUCAUAAUCAGCUCUGUUGCACACAAUAGACAUCACACAGGUGAGGAACCUUUUUAAUCUCAUCACCAUUGCCAUGCAAUGUUCCUCAAGGUCCUGUCCUUUCUCCUAUGCUUUUUGCAAUAUACCUGCUGCCACUGGGUGAAGCAAUCAGACGUCAUGCCCUGGUCUGCCACUGCUAUGCUGAUGACCUGUCUUUUGCUCUGUGUUCUCGGAAACUCAAUACUAAUCCUAAGUGGCUGUCGAGCUGAGCUCCAGGUGUGGGUGAUGCCAGUUGUCUGUGACUCAGUCCUGGAGAAACAGAGGUCCUUAUGGUAGAAGGUCACCAACAAAGGGCAAGAAACUGAACUUAUGCAUUUGGGUUCAGAGUUACAAAAUGCUGAUCAUGUGCGGAGUCUUGGAGUUGUCUUGGAUUGUGUCUGACACAAACAUCAGGUAUGGGCCACAUUCAAAUCCUCAUUCUUUCAUCAGUUGACCAUAUCCAAAAGCAAGCACCUGAUUCUCUCAAAAGCUCUACCUGAAGUCAUACAUGCACUUGUAUCAUCACGCAUAGACUACUGCAAUGUCCUCUACCUGGGUCUCCCAGCAAAAUAAUUAAACUGCUUGUAGCUUGUACAGAAUGCAGCAGCCAGGCUGUUACCUAACCAGCCCGUUCCUGCCACAUAACACCCAUUCUCUGCUCCCUUCACCGGCUGCCUGUAAGAUGGUGACUAUUUCAUAAUCUUACUGACUUUCCCAGCCCUACAUGACCAGGGUCCGUGGUACCAGAAGAAGCUUCUGCCUCCUUAUGGCCCUACUUUCUUACUUCCACCUGCAGAUGAAGGACUGUUACCAGCAGCACCAAGAAUCUCCAGUAAUUCAUUUGUGGAUGAUCUAUUAGCAUUGUAGCCCUGACCAUGGAACCUGCUGCCUCGCACAGUCCAAGAGACCUCCACUCUGGAGACUACAAACAGACUGAUGACUGUGACACGUUUCAUUAAUGUUCCUUCACUUCCUAAAUAAUAUAUCCCACAUGCUGA